UCAAAAUCUCGACACGUCGAAAUGGCACCACUCGCACCUACAAAGAAAAAGUCUAACGAUAGCAUGACGCAGAAAAGUCUUAUGAACUUUUUUGCGAAACCUGGCACGUCCACGUCGAGUUCGGUUCCAGCAACAAAGAACGCGACCAGUGCGACGCCAGCGCGAAAAGGCUCCACUUUACCAGGGACUCAAACUUCCUCUGGGUCGACAAAGGUUUCUUCGGUUGCUAAAACAAAACAAAAAUUCAUUCCCAAGACACCAGACUCAAGACCAUCUUCCGACAUCGACGUCGAUGCAGAGAGCGGCAAGGACACUCCACCGACUUCAGACCCCAUUCCUAUAGAUGUCGACAUGGCGUCAGAUGACGAGGACGCUGCGUCUGUCAAGAAGAGCGCGAAUACGCGCCUAACGAAGCGUAAGAUCGUUCUUGCUGACUCAGAUGAGGAGGAACAGGUUCUUCCAGGGAAGAGCAAAAAACAAGCUGCAUACCGCACCUCGUCCCCUGAAUACUAUGACAAAUCCUCUCCUUCACGCGGGCGCACAAAGAAACCGCGCAUAGCAACUACCCCCUCGGUUCCCACUUCAGAUGAAGAGGAUGAGGAGGAUGCAGACGUGCGCUCGCAGUUCUCGUCGCGCUUGACCAAAUUCCGCAAGUCACCUGCCAAACCAUCUAAGAAGAACUCGAGAGCAUCCGAUGACGAUGACUUUAUUGUCCCUGAUUCUGACUCAGAGCACGAGCGUUCAUCGUCGCGCGCCUCCUCGCGCUCAAAGUCGUCCAAAUCUGCCGCCUCAGACGACCAGUCCGGUGAAGAAUCGGAUGCCCCCACAAAGAGAUCUGCGAAGCCAAAGCGUCCUCCCCCGAAGAAGUCUGGAGCAGCUAGCGGUGAAACAGGAAGUGGGAAUGGAUUGGGAGGAAACACCAUGUUCUUGACGAAGGCGGAGCAGCGCGCACAAGAGAAGAAGAACGAGAAAAAGGCCACCGAGGAUCCGUUCUUCUUUUUGGUCGAUGUGCGGGAUAAAGACGGCGUUCGCCCCGGUGAACCGGGAUAUGACCCGCGCACGCUGUAUAUCCCGAAGAAAGCAUGGACAGACUUUACGCCUUUUGAGACGCAGUUUUGGGAGAUCAAGCAAGAUCACUUUGACACUAUUUUGUUUUUUCAGAAAGGAAAGUUCCUGGAGCUCUACGAAGAUGAUGCGCGGAUUGGACACCAGGAGUUUGACUUAAAACUCACUCAUCGCGUGAAGAUGUCCAUGGUCGGCGUACCUGAGAUGAGCUUCAACUUUUGGGCUGCCAAAUUCCUUGGCAAGGGGUAUAAAGUCGGCCGUGUGGACCAAGCAGAGACAGCGCUUGGUGCUGAGAUGCGUCUUGCAAAGGACAAAGGCAAGAAGGGCGCUGGCGGAAAAGACAAAGAGAAGAUCGUCCGUAGGGAGCUCAACAAAGUCUACACAAACGGCACGCUUGUGGACGAGGACCUCCUCACAGAUGAGCAAGCGGGGCAUUGUAUCUCCCUGCGCGAGUCUGCCGAUGGGAAGGAUGGUAUGAGCAGCUUCGGAGUUUGCGUGCUCGAUAGCGCUACGAGCCAGUUCAGCCUGAGUGCAUUCGAGGAUGAUGUGUGCACGACGAAGUUGGAAACGAUGAUGAGGCAGCUGCGGCCAAAGGAAGUGAUAUUCACGAAGGGAAACCUUUCAGUGCAAACGACACGCCUGCUGAAAUCUGUCCUCCCCGGGUCUUGUUUGUGGACGAGCCUUCGCGACGUUGAAGGGUUUACCUAUCCGCAGACGAUCAACGAACUGAACAGUAUGUUUUCUGAGGGUAAUGCUGGCGGGGAAGAUGCGAUGGAUGAGGACGCCGAGUUAUCGAGUGCCGUACCACAGAGUAUUCGGGAUAUGGCAAGUUACCGUGCCGCAAUGGAGGCCCUGGGCGCGCUGAUGUGGUACCUCCGUCAGCUGAACAUUGACAAGGACCUUCUUACGAUGCGGAAUUUCGAUGUCUAUGAUCCAAUGAAGAGAGGCACAAACGUUGUGCUAGAUGGGCAGACGCUUGCCCAUGUUGAGGUUCUGCUCAAUAAUGAAGGUACAGAAGAUGGAUCGUUGCAUAAACUCCUGGGAAGGUGUAUCACGCCGUUUGGUAAACGACUGUUUAGGAUCUGGCUGUGCGUUCCUUUGCGGGAAGUUAAAGAUAUCAAUGCACGCUUGGAUGCUGUGGAGGACCUCAUCUCGCACGCAACUUUUGAGCAAGAAUUUACCGAACUCGCAAAAGGACUCCCCGAUCUGGAGCGGAUCGUUUCCAGGAUUCAUGCAAAUAAUUGCAAGGUCAAAGAUUUUGUCAAGGUACUGGCGGCCUUCAAGAAGCUUAGCCGCGGGCUCGCGAAGCUCGCUGAUAGCUCUGAGUCAUUCGAUUCGAAGACGAUCCUCGGACUUUUGAGAUCAGCACCGGAUUUGACACCCAAUCUGAAGAACGUAGAAUCGCGGUUUACUGUGGAUAAGGAUGAGCUGCUCCCUGUUGCAGGCAAGGAUGAGACGUACGAUGAAGUCAUGUGUGGAAUUGAAGAGCUUGAGAAAACGCUGGACACGCAACUCAAGAAGUUUGAGAACAAGCUUGGGCGCAAUCUUACGUGGUGGCAUAGCGCUCAGGGGAACAAAGAGAUCUAUCUGGUCCAGACGAAGGCGAACGAGACAAAAGAAGUCCCAAAGGACUGGGUCAAAAGCAGCGGUACCAAGGCAGCUACCCGUUGGAUCGUGCCUUCCCUUCAACCCACAAUUCGAAGUCUCAAAGAAGCACGUGAGAACCGCUCAGCGGCGGUAAAGUCCUUCAAAGGACGUCUCUAUGCCGAAUUCGAUACCGACCGAGGCACGUGGCUUCGCGCCGUGCGUGUCCUCGCCGAACUCGACUGCCUCUUCAGCCUCGCGAAGGCAUCUGUCGCUAUGGGCGAGCCAAGCUGUCGCCCUGAGUUCGUAGAAGGCGAUGCUGCCUUUAUCGAGUUUGAAGGGCUGAGACAUCCAACACUAGCGAGCUUGCGGGAGGGCUUUGUUGCGAACGAUAUCAAAUUGGGCGGCGAUCUCGGCAGGAUUGCGCUGUUGACAGGUCCGAACAUGGGUGGAAAAUCCACAGUCAUGCGCAUGACAGCCACGGGUGUCAUCAUGGCGCAGUUGGGCAUGCUCGUUCCCGCCAAGUCAGCUCGCCUUUGUCCGAUCGAUGCUAUUCUCACGCGGAUGGGUGCUUAUGAUAACAUGUUUUCCAAUUCAAGUACGUUCAAAGUUGAACUGGACGAGUGUUGCAAGAUCUUGCGGGAUGCCACGCCCAAAUCACUGGUAAUACUCGAUGAACUGGGAAGAGGCACUUCUACCUAUGAUGGUAUGGCAAUUGCUGGAGCUGUCCUCCACGAAAUUGCCACCCGCACCCUUCCGCUAGCAUUCUUUGCCACACAUUAUGGCUCGCUCACCGAUGAUUUCGCCUACCACCCAAACAUCAGAAACAUGCACAUGUCCACCAUGCUUGAUGACGAAAAACAUGAACUUGUCUUCCUGUACAAGUUAGUUGAUGGUGUCGCGUCUUCGUCCUUCGGUACACAUGUGGCCAAGCUCGCAGGCGUUCCCGAGGAGGUCGUCAAACGGGCCGAAGUCAUUUCUGAGCAUUUCGCGAAACAAUUCAAAGCCAAGAUUGACGACCGGAAAAAGAAGUCAAUAGCAUCCAAGCUACCUUUGGUCGCCCAAGCAGACUUUACUUAUCUUCUAUCCCUCGCCAUGGGUAAUUUGAAGCUACCAGACGAUCCAUUCAAGAAGCGAGAACUGCUCAAAGGACUCAAGCAGGCCGUGCGUUCGUAUGUCAAUUUGUAAUUGCGUCGUUCACUGCUUUCGAUAUUUGCUUUCUCUAUACCCACACUAAUAGCAUACACUGCUCGUACUAGUGCAUUCCUCGACACCCAGGACUUCACUCUCACUUACUGGCAUUGACAUUUCUCGUUGUGCAUCCACUUUGACAGAAAUUGCUAUGUAAUAUAGAUGAAUUUUUCAAUGUCCUGCAUCAAUCCUGCAUGAUAUAAAAGGAAGGACUUGGGAAGG